AUGUCCACACGCCAUCUUGCUAACGGGUCAUAUGACUUUCUUACAUCCCUCAACAAGCAGCAGAUCGCCGACCAUCUCAAGAACCUCGGCCCAUUUCCUUCAUACUCCAACAUCCUUAACCCCCAGCACUUCUACCAGAACGAGGUCCUCAUAGACUACCUGAAGAAGGACCCCCAUCCAGUGUCGCUCCGUCAGUUGGCAGGCUACGGCAAGACGUUGUCCAAACAGAAAAUCUUGAAUAGUGCCAACUUUGUCCGCCUUGAGCUUCCCAUCCGUUUGGCCAUGCGGAUUCGAGACCUCCAGACUUUGCCUUUUGGCGUGGUCAACAACUUCCAUCUAGCUCAGAUCUACGAGAGCUACUACCACCUGUUCAAUGCCUUCAGGAAGAUCUCGCCCAUCACCACAUUGGAGCAGAACGACCGUUUUUGCCAGACUCUUUCUGCCAUGUUGGACGACCAUGUGUUCAACCUCUCGCAUUUGAUGAUGGGGGCAUUAGAGGUGUCGAUCUUGACAAAUUUGCCUCGUGAGGAGUUGGACACUUUCAUGUCUUGCACGCUUCGGUCCCGUAUUUCCAGAAGAGUUAUUGUGGAAGAGCAUUUGAGCUUGAGUGAGAACUAUAGAGCAAAACCCUACGACUCAAAGCCACCUGACUAUAUUGGUGAAAUCUUCCACCAGUGCAAUGCUUCCAGGCACCUUCACCAGGUGGCAGAAUUGGUUAAGACCUCCAUGAUUGAUAUCUUUCCCAAACGUGAAAACAUGCCCGACAUCGAACUAGAGGGAGACACUGACACCAGCUUCCCCUUCAUGGUACCCCAUCUCCACUAUCUCUUGAGUGAGAUUCUCCGUAACUCGUACGAGGCCACCAUCAGGACCCACGGGCACCGCACAUCCAAGAAAUUACCAGCAAUCAAGGUCACCAUCAUCAACGCAGAGAAGCAAGUGAUCUUCCGCAUUUCCGACCAAGGAGGAGGAAUUUCCCAUGACAAGUUGGCACUGGUGUGGUCGUUCAGCAAAGAGCCGGAAUUGGCCAAGCAAAGUUUGGCUAAUUUCCACCGUAUUCCAGGACUCCAGCUCUACUCUAAUCUCAAGGUGACUCCAGGUGGAUCCUCUAUAGUUGAGUCGCUUAACACCACCCUGUUAAUGGAUACCGAAAAUCCUUCAACCAAGCACAAAAAGUCCACCUUAGACAAUUUGAUCACUAGGCCCUAUGAGCACAAGUUGGGGAUGGGCCUUCCAAUGUGUAAGGUCUACGCCGACUAUUGGAACGGAAACUUACUGAUGAACUCGUUGGAAGGCUACGGAAGUGACACCUGUCUUACCUUGAGCAAGUUGGGGUACCACUCCAACGUCAUCCAACUUGACAGGGCUUAA